AUGGCCCUUCUAUUGUGUUUACUUUUUACUGGAGUAUUCAGUUUUGAAGUUUCUCUUCAACGUAGGGGAGUCCAAUGCUUCGGAGAGGAUCUUUCUAAGGGAACACUUUAUGUGGGAGAAGUUUCUACUAAUGAUAAGAGGCCUGAUUAUCGCCCUUUAUCAAUUAGAGCUUUGUUCAAAGAUAUCUCAGUCAUUUACGAAAAAGCAAAUAUAAACCAUGACAAGUUUAGCUUUACUUCAACAGACGAUGGACCACAUAUGCUUUGCAUUGAAAAUGCUGGACAAUUUGAAGUAUGGGCAGAUGUAAAAAUCUUGACUGGAGCUGCUGCCAAAGAUUAUAGCAAUGUUGCUUCGACCAAAGAUCUAAGAGAGUCAGAAAGAAAGAUCGAACUCAUAAAAGAGAACACAAAGCAAAUUCAUAAAGAAUUACAGCACAUUAGGGAGAGAGAGGAAGAAAUGAGGAACACAAAUGAAACAAUUCAUUCAAGGGUUGUGGCAUAUUCGAUCUUUACAAUUGUCUUUUUAAUUGCUUUAGCUUUGAUUCAGACUUUAUAUCUCAAAAGAUUCUUUAAAUCUAAGAAAAUGAUCUAA